AUGAUGAAAGUGGUUUCGUCUCGUACACAGGCUGAUUCAAUCACAGAGAAGGUUUUCCGGCGAGUAUACAGCAAUUUUAGUUUCUCGACGGUCGACGAUGGUUAUAGCAGUUUUAGUGGCCGAAGAUGGAGAUCAUCAGGUGAUUUCGGGGAGGAAAGUGUGAGGAAAAGAGGGUUGGACGAAAAGGAGCAAGUCAUGGAGAUGGAGCAGAUGGGAGCUGAGAGGAUCAAAACUGUUCUUAUUCUCAUGAGUGAUACCGGCGGUGGCCACCGUGCCUCCGCCGAGGCCAUCCGUGACGCUUUCAAGAUCGAGUUCGGAGAUGACUACCGGAUAAUCAUUAAGGACGUUUGGAAAGAAUACACAGGAUGGCCAUUGAACGACAUGGAGAGACAGUACAAGUUCAUGGUGAAACAUGUUGGUCUUUGGUCUGUCGCAUUUCAUGGUACCUCUCCCAAAUGGAUUCACAGAAGUUAUCUCAGCGCUCUUGCCGCUUACUAUGCCAAAGAAAUAGAGGCCGGUUUAAUGGAGUACAAACCGGACAUUAUUAUUAGCGUACAUCCUAUGAUGCAACACAUCCCAUUGUGGGUAAUGAAAUGGCAAGGACUUCAUAAGAAAGUCAUUUUUGUGACGGUCAUCACUGAUCUAAACACUUGCCACCGUACAUGGUUCCAUCAUGGAGUCAGUAGAUGUUAUUGCCCUUCCAAAGAGGUUGCAAAGAGAGCAUUAGUAGACGGUCUUGGAGACUCUCAGAUUCGUGUCUUCGGCUUACCCGUCCGCCCAUCAUUCUCUCGCACUAUUGUCUACAAGGAUGAGCUAAGGAGAGAACUUGAAAUAGACUCAAAUUUACCUUUGGUUCUAUUGAUGGGAGGUGGCGAAGGAAUGGGUCCUGUUAAGAAAACCGCUCAAGCCCUUGGGGAUUCUUUAUAUAACUCUAAAGAAAGAAAUCCAAUAGGGCAAUUGAUUGUCAUAUGCGGUCGGAACAAACUCCUUGCUUCUGCGUUGACAUCCCAAGAAUGGAAGAUACCGAUCAAGGUACGUGGGUUUGAGACACAAAUGGAGAAAUGGAUGGGAGCUUCUGACUGCAUCAUCACAAAGGCCGGUCCAGGUACCAUUGCAGAAGCAUUGAUUUGCGGCCUCCCAAUUAUCCUCAAUGACUACAUUCCUGGACAGGAGAAAGGCAAUGUGUCGUAUGUUGUAGACAAUGGGGCUGGGGUUUUUACCCGAAGUCCGAAAGAAACCGCCACAAUUGUGGCUGACUGGUUUACUAGCGACAGUGAAAAAUUAAAGACAAUGUCACAAAAUGCUCUUAAGUUGGCGCAACCUGAAGCCGUGUUCGAUAUUGUUAAGGAUAUCCACCAUCUUUCCAAACAACAACAACGUAUUCAUCUCUAUAAUGAUUUUUCCUACUGA